AAUGCACUUACUGUUUUCGUAAGCAAAGGAAAUAUAAUUGAAGCAGUCGCCUCAUUCAGUCAUUGAAAAUAGAACCUAAGAUAGCACUAGCAGGUAGAGGCCAGAAUGUUGUCUACUGGGCCAGAGUGCAAACUCUAUCCGAUUAUCUACUUAUUGCAACUCCUCUGCAGGUGUCGACAUGAUUAUUCUCUCCUUCCUAUCUACUUUCGAUAAUGGCCAAACCAUCGCAUUAGUUAUCGUCUCGAUUAGUGAAUGUCGUGGCUCAUAUUCAUUGCAAUCAGAUCCUGAGGCCCAGCUGAUCGGUCAGGAUCUCUGGGAAGGUUACGGGAAUACCAACGGGACGGGAGCCAUGCCGCGACCAUCUGGAAUCAUAUUCGUUAAUGGGGGGUUUCAAUAUCGAAAACACAAUUGGAAGGCAAUUUUAUUCGUUCCUGAUUUCCAUGUUACGUUCACACUUUGA